AUGGACGGCUUCCUCGACCCGUCCUUGGGCGGCACACUCGCCUUCCUCGACUCGUCCGCCCAGCUCCACCCGCCAGCCGACGCGGGAAGCUUGGGCGUGUCGGGCCAACCUCUGUCGGCGUUCGAAUACGACACCUGGCUCGACCCCUCGGUCGCAGAGGCCUACGAGCACCAGGCGGGACUCUCAGUGUCGCAGGGAGGCUCAUCCGCGUCCUCCGCGCUGCUCGACGCACGCCAGGAAGCUCUCGCGCCGCCCGCUCAACCCUUCGGCGUCCUGGAUUCAGAAGCAGGGCGAUCACUCUCGCGCCACGGCUCUGGCACCGUCUCGCCGCUCGAGGCACCGCCUGGUCACGCUCACAACGCCAGCGAAGCGUUGCAGCUCGCCUACGCCGCCGCCGAGUACACGAACGGCAUCUUCCACCCCGGCCCUCCUCACUCGUCCGCACACGACCGCCAGCACGCCUACGCCCGCACGCCUGCCCCUCUUCAAGCCUCGCCGAGAAGCAACGCUGCGCCCGACCCGUCGUCGUACUCGAUCGCCGCGUACGGUCAGGAGUCGCCCGCUCGUCGCGCGCCGUCGCCAAGGAAGGCUGCCGCCGCCGCCAACACGCCUCAGCGCCGCCAGCUCAGGUCGCCCGCACGUUUCGACGCCAUCAACGAGGACGCCAGUCGCAGAGGCCAGCUAUUGACGGCGAGCGGAUCUCGCGGGAACGGCCAAGCCGUCCUCGGGGGCGCUCAAACGCCUAGGACGCCUCAGGCGGACGAGUCGGUUCCCGAAGCUGCUCUCCACUUGCUUCGUCUCGCACAGCCUGACGGCUCCGCAGGCUCGGUCGCGACCAACUCGACCGGUCGCGCCGACGAUGAUGUCAGCAACGAGGACGAUGCCGAGGGCGAGAGCGACGACACGAGCAUCAACUCGACCGACGUCCACCACAAGCCUCUCCAGCAGCUCUUUGUCGAAGGCAACGGCGUCGUCGCCGGACCCGGCCAGCUCGAGACGCGCGUCUGGCAUCACAACCCGGACCAGCCGCCGCUCCAUGUCCAGCGGGCAGCCGGUCCAGGCAGCCACAGGCUGAGCACGACGAGCUCAGUGACGAGCACGCGCGGGCGCCAGCACAUCCCGGCGCGAUCGCAGCGCGAGGCGAGUAUUGCUUCGACCCGUUCUCGCGCGAGCGAGGCAGGCUCGUCGACGACUCCUGCGCCUCCGCCUGUCGCUUCGUCCUCGUCGUCGACUCGUCGCUCGACGCGUGCACGCAAGCCGCGCGUGUCGGCGAGCGUGGCGGACGUCAUGUCGGACGACGCCGAGAGCGAAGGCGAGUACAAGGAGGAGGAUGACGACGAUGCCGAUGCGAGCGACGGCGGGCGCAGCAAGAGGAAGGGUAAGGGCGCGGCAGGCAAGGCGAAGAAGGCGACGAAGCGCCAGUCGACCGCUGGUCCGGGCGGUACGCCCGCCAAGAAGGCUCGCACCUCGACCGGCAGCAACGGUUCGCCCGCCCUCCCCGCUCCGCCUCGCAAAGCUCGCAGGCAAGCCUUCAUCCCGCCGAACCUCCGUAACCGCACCUUCCCGCCGCACGUCGAGAUCAACUCGAACUUCCCUCGCUUCUACCGCGCCUUCCCCGUUCCUUCCGCUUUCGCUCCCGACUCGUACAUCCUCAAGGCUCCCACGCCGAGCCGCACGCAGCUCGCGCUGCAGAACGCGGCGAUGAACCAUGCGGCGCAGGCGCCUCCUCUCCCUACUCCGCCCAUGGGCAUGUACGACGACGGCGCUUUCGCUCAUCAGUACUAUGCCGCUCCGCACACGCCCGUCGCCUCGACGUCCACUGCGUCACUUUCGAGCAUCUCGGUCGACCCGAAUGCGCAGUUCCACCUUUACCAUCUCCCGCCCGGCUUCGGCCACUCACAGCCGCAAGCCUACUCCCCACCUUCCACCUCGCACUCUCAUCACCCUGCUCAGCUCUCUCCUCAACUCAGCACGGCGUCCUCAUCCGUCUCGGUCACGCCCUUCUCUCCCUCACAGCAAUCGACGCCCCCUUCGACUGCAGCGUCGACCGCCUCGUCCUCGGCCGUCGCCACUCCCGCCGUCUACGCCGGUCCGCCCACGAUUCCCGGCCCGAACGGCGUCCUGAUCAUGCAGCCCCCGCCCGAGGCGAAGUGGAACAAGCCGAGCGACCCGCUCAACCUCUACUGGCCCCGCUUCGUCUGCGGGAACGCCGACGACAAAUGUGGGAUGUGUCCCAUCUGUGCCGAGCCGAAGGAGAGGGGAGGUGAGGGCGAGAUCAAGUGGCUCAAGCUCAAGAACAGCAGCUUCGUGUACCACAUGUCUUAUGCUCACGGUCUCUCCAACCUCACCGGCCUGCCCUUCUCGCCACCGGUCCAGACUCGCGUCGUCGGCCUUCCUGCUAGUACGAAGGAUCAGCGUUCGCAAAUGACCGAGGGUCUCUGCCACAAGUGCAACGUCUGGGUCCCGCUCCUCAGCGUCAAGAACAUCGACGCGAUCGUUCCCGAGCUGAUUUGGUGGAAGCACGCCAAGAAGUGCCACGGCGACACGACCAUUCAAGGCGAGGGCGACCCCUACGUCCAGGACGGCGUCUACCAGCUCAUCCUCCAGCGGAAAGCCGAGCACGGCGCGACCGGCUAA